AUGGAACAUAUCGUCGAUCCAUUGCCAUCUGCUCCUGCCGAUCACCAUCUCUUAAAGCGAAAGGAACCCUGUCCAUACUCUGACGACUUAGCUUUAAACUCUCCACUUAGACGAAUAGGAUGCCAGGUGAGACAACAAUAUAUCACAAAUCCAUUACAGAUUACAGAAUUCAUGUCAUAUAGCAAUAGCAAUGGUGGACCUCCACCACCGUCUCUUCCACAUUUACAACCAAUGAAUCAUCAACAACAACAUCAUCUACAACAACAAAUUCAACAGCAGCAGCAGCAACAACAGCAGCAUCAACAACUUCAACAACAACAACAACAACAACAACAAUGGAAUCACCAUACAUACUUUGGUAAUAUGGACUCUGGCAUUAAGGCACUGAGUGGAUCGGUUGCCACCCCAUUGGCACCAUUUGGUAUCCAUCCUAGCCUAGUGUCACAGACACAUCCACACCAAAAUCCUCUUAGGCCACUACAACAACAACAACUCGCCUCAAAUUCCCCGUCCAAGAGUCGGAGAAUCACUCCACCACAGACUGUACAUAAUGAACCAACGUCAACAAUGAUGACUACAACAACAACUACAUCGUCAUCAUCACCACCAACAACAACAACAUCAUCUUCAUCAGAUUUAAACAACAAUUGUAUCACCAAUCCAAAUACUUCUAGCAUCGAUGGCAUUCAUGGAAACAAUACCAACAACGUCGUCAACUGCAAUGGGAGCAACAACAAUGGCAUGGCACAUAGCAAGUUGCACCCGCCCUCAUUCGAUCCAAUUGGUACGAAUCACUUUGGCCUGUUGGGCAGCACAGCUGGACCACAUCAUCACCAACAGCAGAUGAUGCCGCAGCCGCAGCAGCAACAACAGGUCUCACCGCCGGCAGUAUCCAAACCAAUGGUUGGAGCAUACAACAGCAUUGUAAAUGAUAGUAACAAUAUCAACAGCAGUAACAGCAGUGGCAGUAGCAGUAGCAGCGGUAGCAGCAGUAGUAAUGGAAGCAGCACCAAUGGAGUCAAUAUUGCCAGACCUAUGCUAGCCAAUGGUAGUAUUGGAGUCUAUGACAGCAAUAGCAACAUAGGUAGUAGCAGUAGCAAUAGUACAAGUGGCAGUGGCAUUGGUAGCAACAGUAGCAUUAGUGGUAGUAGUAAUGUCAAUGGAGGUGGCAGUAGUCAACAGCACCAACUAUCAACGGCAGCACCAGCAGCACCAGCACCAGCACUGUCACAGAAUGAGAUGGACUCUAUAUCAUUGCAUCCAGUAAUCAUCAACUAUAUCUAUGUCUCUACUACUCAGUUGCUCAAACAACUAUCUGUUCUCUCUGAUUUUAUGGAAACAUCUAGCGAUGGAUCACGACUAUUACUUCGCUCGAGUUACCUAAAGGCAGCGCAGGAUAUCAUCGAGAAGUUGAAUGGAUCACUUGGAUCAUGUCUGGUCACACAUAACCUAUUGACACCAGACAAUCAGAUGACUACCAGUGCACAGCAACGUCUACCAAUCUACCCACCAUACCAAACGAUCUUGCCACCAUAUCACCAACUUCCAAUGUUGCCAGGUCCACAACAACCACAGCAACAGCAACAGCAACAGCAGCAACAACAACAACAACAACAACAGCAGCAUUCAUCUCCACCUCCACCACCACCACAACAGCCACAACCAAUGGACACACAGGUACCUCCGCCUCACAUCAUCUACCAACAACACCAAUUACAACAACAGCAACAACAUCAACAACAGCAGCAACAGCAGCAUCAACAACAAUUGCAACAACAAAUACAACAGCAACAACAACAACAGCAACAACAUAAUAGUCAACUGCAGCUGGCACUUCAACAGAUCUCACAGAUGCAGCAACAACUCUCCCACCAGGCUCAGAUCCAACAGCAACAGCAGCACCAGCAACAACAGCAACAGCAACAGCAGCAGCACCAGCCCAAGAAGAAGAAGGACAAGAACGCAACGUCGGUGCUGUGGACUCUCAACUUCCCCGAGAUUCGCAACGCCUACGUUGACUUUAGGAACACCAAGCUGUCCGACUUUAAGAUGUUGAACCUACUGGGCUGUGGCUCAUUCGCCAAAGUACGUCUCUGUCAACAUCUUCAAACCAAGAGGUUGUUCUGCAUGAAGAUACUCAAUCAGAACAAGAUCAUUCGAUUGCGACAAGAGGCACAUGUAUGCAGUGAGAAAGAGGUACUACUUUCAAUCGAUCAUAGGUUCAUUGUAAAGUUGUUCUCAACGUACAAGGACAAAAAGUCAUUAUACUUCUUACAAGAGUACAUACCUGGAGGUGAACUAUUUGAUCACAUUCGAUCAUGUAGGAGUCUUUCCCUAAAGGCAACAAGAUGUUAUGCUGCAGAGAUUGUGUUGGCACUUGAGUACCUUCAUGGUGAAGGUAUUAUAUAUAGAGACUUAAAACCAGAGAACUUACUUAUUGACUUGGAUGGUCAUAUAAAGUUGACAGACUUUGGAUUCGCAAAGAAGAUCAUUGACGAUACAAAGAGCAUGUGUGGAACACCAGAGUACAUUGCCCCAGAGAUAUUGUCAGGACAUGGUCAUGGAAAGUCGGUGGACUGGUGGUCGCUUGGCAUCCUGAUCUACGAGAUGCUGGUUGGUGUACCACCAUUUAUCGCCGAUCAACACAAUGACAUAUUCAAGUUGGUGCGCGAGUGCAAUGUGGAGCGCAAGAUACCGGCCAACUUUGAUCCAGAUGCCAAGGACCUCAUCCAGAAGCUGGUGGUCGUAGACGUUGACAGUCGACUGGGCUGUGGCAGUGGUGGCGUUGCCGACCUCAAGAACCAUCCAUUCUUUGCCACGGUCGACUGGAAGAACCUGGAGAACACCAACGAGAAGGGUCCUCUGACGCCCAAGAUUCGCGACGCCAGUCUGGACGGCGACGACAGUUCCUCAAACGAAGACGAAGACGAUGAUGAAGACGACAGUGCCAUUGAUGCAUCAGACAUACUAAGGAAGAGGAAGACUGAAUUCUUUGAAAGAUUUUAA